AUGGGUCUUGUACUACGGUUUGUCAAAGAUCAGUUUGUUCAAUUCCAGGUUAAAAUGGGAGAUAUUAAUCAUGACGAUGACAUGAACAUUGAGAUGUGGAAGAUCAAGAGAAUGAUCAAAUCCCUUGAAGCAGCUAGGGGAAACGGAACCAACAUGAUGUCAAUCAUCAUGCCUCCUCGUGAUCAAGUCAAGUCUCUGGUGUUACCAAGAUGA